GAAACACAAAAGAAGAUCCCAGAUCCUUAUCCCUGCCGCCAACACAAUCACCACAAAAACCUCUCCAAAUCUCACACCUUUCUCCAGAAAUCUCCUCCGCCAAUUACUUGACUUGCCUAACAAAUCCUCUAUCUUCUUACCAACAACACAAUCCUCUCUCUCUCCUCUCUCCUCUCUCUCUCUCUCUCUUCAGGAGGAUUUUCCAUAGAUAAUCUGUUUGGACUUUCUGGGAAAGCUUUGAUCUUUGGAAUUUUGAUCACACUCCCUUGAAUUGUCUGGCAGUUUUACAACUUUCUCACUUGCUUCUGGGAUUUUUUUUUUUUUUUCUGGAAACAGAGUUGUGGGUAGGUGGAAGAAAUCUGAUAAAUCUACAGGAUUGAAUCGUUGAAGAUGAAGAUUCAGUGUGAUGUGUGCGAGAAGGCGCCGGCGACGGUGAUUUGUUGCGCCGACGAGGCGGCUCUGUGCGCCAAAUGCGACGUUGAAGUACACGCAGCGAAUAAGCUUGCAAGCAAACACCAGAGGCUGCUCCUUCAGAGCCUCUCCAACAAGCUUCCUAAAUGCGACAUUUGCCAAGAUAAGAUAGCUUUUAUAUUCUGCGUAGAAGACAGAGCCCUCUUUUGUCAGGAUUGUGAUGAACCAAUUCAUUCAGCCAAUAGCCUCUCUGCAAACCACCAGAGGUUCCUUGCCACAGGAAUCCGAGUGCCAUUGGCCUCCAGUAGUACUAAGGAAGCUGAAACGAGUAGCUUGGAGCCAUCCAAUCAAGGUGCACAGAAGAUUUCAACAAAAGUCUCAGCACCACAGGCUUCAGGCAUCUCAUCACCUUGGGGUGUUGAUGACUUACUGCAAUUAUCAGAUUUUGAAUCUUCUGACAAGAAGGAUUCGCUUGAGUUUGGAGAGCUCGAAUGGAUAGCAGACAUGGGUAUUUUCGGUGAUCAGUAUCCUCAGGAGGCACCGGCAGCAGCUGAAGUUCCGCAGCUCCCAGCACCGGAGUCUAGCAAUUUUACCUCCUACAGACCCCCUAAAUCGAGCAGUCCGCAGAAGAAGCCUAGGAUUGAAAUCCCAGAUGACGAUGAUGAGUAUUUCACUGUUCCUGACCUCGGCAGAUUUUAGACAUGUAUCAACUUGAUGGAUUAGUUGAUAGGUUGAAUUAUAUACGUUCAUACUAAGUACACGCACGUACGUAUUUAUGUAUUUAUUAUAUAUGUUCAUACUAAGUGCAUACCAGUACGUAUUUAAGAAUUUAUAAUGCAUUUUGUGGGAUUCCUGCCCCUUUUAUUUGAUCCGUCGAUAUGUAAUUUUGCCUAGUCAGCAAUAUGAUCAUACGGCACAGAUUAUGUGCCUGCUGUUAUAAUA